AUGCAGGCUCCACAGAAAACCCAAAGCCUCAGACCCUUCAAGCAGAGGAAGAGUUUAGCAACUAGACAAGAGGAAGUUGCUGGAAUCCGGGCAAAGUUCCCAAACAAGAUCCCGGUGAUCGUGGAGCGCUACCCCGGGGAGAAGUUCCUGCCUCCGCUGGACAAGACCAAGUUCCUGGUCCCGCAGGAGCUGACCAUGACCCAGUUCCUCAGCGUCGUCCGGAGCCGCCUGGUCCUCGGGGCCACUGAAGCCUUUUAUUUGCUGGUGAACAACAAGAGCCUGGUCAGCAUGAGUGUGACCAUGGCCGAAGUCUACAGGGACUACAAGGACGAGGACGGCUUUGUGUACGUGACCUACGCUUCCCAGGAGAUGUUCGGCUGCUCGGGGUCAGGGCAGACCCUGCCGUCCUCUCCAGGACAUGUCGGGAACCAGUCCUUGAACCCGUGGAGGGAUGGACCGCCUCCUGUGUGUGUGUCGGGCCAUCCAGGGAGCUGUGCUGCUCAUCUGUGA